AUGGCAUCGACCUUCGCCUUUGGCUUUGGAGGUGACGAUAUAGAAGACUUGGAAGGUGUCUCUGAUACGGAUCAAAAGGCACCAAGUGUGCAAGAAAAUAAAAAUGAUUUGAUAUUUGACAAAGCAGAGAUGCUUAGGCUUGAGGAUAUGCUCGCUUCUCUCCCGUCUCAACUGGAGUUUAAUAUGCAGCUAAUAGGUUCAGAAUCAGAGGAUCCGUUUCUAGUUGCUCGCCGAGAACUAAUGGAUAUCCGUGUUCAACUAAUGGCUGAACGGGACAUGCUGAACGAGGGCGAAGAUUUACUGGUUGGUUUACAGAAAGACGACAUUAAACCUACUGUAUAUGAAGGAGGUUUCAAAACAUGGGAAUGUGCUUUGGAUUUGGCAGCUGUCGCAUCUCACAGCCAAGAAGGGUUUACAUACCUAGAUAACGGGGAUGAUAUUACUAUCAUAGAGCUUGGAGCUGGCACUGCCAUCCCUUCUCUAUCGUUAUUUCGAUGCUUCUUAAAGCGUGGAGAGGCGAGACGCCGCAAAGUGCGCUUUGUACUUGCUGAUUAUAAUGCUACAGUCCUGAAGUUAGCUACGUUACCGAACUUACUACUGACUUGGUAUAUAACUCGGCGGAGCUCAACAGAAGGAAACAAUAGUAUGCAGACUGAUCCUGUUGUCGAUCGUCUGCUAGAACUUGAUCAAAGCCUUCUAGAAAGCUUUGUUCAGGAUUUAUCGGAUCAUAAUAUCACACUUUCAUUUAUAUCAGGGGGUUGGUCCCCUGAGUUUGUCGACUUGUGUCUGGGCAAGCAGGAGAAUAUGGAAGACAUGACGAUGAGUGACCACCAACAGACUACAAUGGGGCACAGGACACUUAUCCUGGCGAGCGAAACUAUAUACUCUCCGCCUUCAUUACUCCCGUUCACAGAAACACUGGUGUCACUGAUGCGUAAAGCGCUUUCGGGCGAAGGAUCAAGCAUUGCUCAAGAUCAUCCUCCCGUCCGAGCGUUAAUAUCAGCGAAGAAAGUAUACUUCGGGGUUGGAGGAGGGGUUAGUGAGUUCCUAAGCACUCUCAGGGACGUCGGAGGCAAUGAUGAAUUCAAGGCAUUAACCAAGCUAACGAUCUCCGAUGCUGGAGUAAUGAGGACGGUCCUGGAGAUCCUCCCUGGGUAA